GUUUUAUAUUUAACUCACUCCAGUAGGAGGGGUGGAGUGGGGGAUGCGUUAUUUGUAAGAGGAGCCGUGACAAUAUUCUCGUCAGUCCUCUUCCUCCAGCUCAGCUCCUCUUCUGGAGUCCUUACUCCACCCCCUUGAUUCCACAUUCAUCCUUGAGUGUCUAGUGGGAGCGUGAAGGGAGAAGAAAAGAUUCAAGCAGCCAGAGAGAGAGAGGUGUGGGAAAGGCGAAAGCAGGCUGCCAAACCAGGGAAUUCCUUCCAAUUGAAAAAGGAAGACUGCUGACGUUAGUUAGUUAAAUUUAACGACCUUUUAUGUGUAACAUUUGACUUUGGAAACAAAAAUGAUCUUGGAGGAGGGAGAAGGCUCUAAGAGAUAUUGCAUUAAAAGGAAACAUGUGGCCAUUAUCUGUGCGGUGGUGGUGGGUGUCGGAUUAAUAGUAGGACUUUCCGUGGGCUUGACCAGAUCGUGUGACUCUACCGACGGAGGACAGGGCACAACCCAGGCUCCUUCCCACAGGCCUCCCACUUCGAGGCCUCCCACUUCGAGGCCUCCCACUUUGAGCCCUCCACAGGACCAGGGGGUCUGCCCUGCCAGUGAAGAUGAAAGUGGAGGCUGGAAAGAUUUCAGGCUGCCGGACUUCAUCAACCCAGUGCACUACGACCUGGAGGUGAAGCCCCUGUUGGAGGAGGACACGUACACGGGCAGCGUGAACAUCUCCAUCAACGUGAGCUCACCCACCCGGAACCUGUGGCUACACCUCCGGGAGACGAGGAUCACCCAGCUCCCGGUGCUGAGGAAGCCCUCUGGGGAGCAGGUGAAAGUCAGGCGGUGCUUCGAAUACAAAAAGCAGGAGUAUGUGGUAGUGGAGACAGAAGCAGAGCUUGCACCCAACGGUGGCAAGGGUCUCUACCAGUUGACCAUGGAGUUCGCCGGCUGGCUGAACGGCUCGCUCGUGGGGUUUUAUAGAACAACAUACGUGGAGAAAGGACAAAUCAAGAGCAUAGCAGCCACUGAUCAUGAACCAACAGAUGCCAGGAAAUCCUUCCCUUGUUUUGAUGAGCCCAACAAAAAGGCAACUUAUACAAUCUCUAUCGUCCACCCCAAAGAAUAUAAGGCACUUUCAAAUAUGCCAGUGGAGAAAGAAGAGUCAGUGGAUGAUAAAUGGAAUCGAACAACUUUCCAAAAGUCUGUUCCCAUGAGCACUUACCUGGUGUGCUUUGCUGUACAUCAAUUUGACUCCAUAAUGAGGAUAUCAAAUAGGGGGAUACCUCUCACUAUAUAUGUCCAGCCAGAGCAAAAGCACACAGCUGAAUAUGCUGCAAAUAUAACUAAAAGUGUGUUUGAUUAUUUUGAAGACUACUUCGCUAUGAAUUAUUCUCUUCCUAAAUUAGAUAAAAUCGCUAUUCCAGAUUUUGGCACUGGGGCUAUGGAGAACUGGGGACUCAUCACUUACAGAGAAACAAACCUGCUUUAUGACCCUAAUGAAUCAGCCUCAUCAAACCAACAGAGGGUGGCCACUGUGGUUGCCCAUGAACUUGUGCAUCAGUGGUUUGGAAAUACUGUGACCAUGGAAUGGUGGGAAGACUUGUGGUUAAACGAAGGGUUUGCUUCCUUCUUUGAGUUCCUGGGAGUAGACCAUGCAGAAAAAGAGUGGCAAAUGCGUGAUCAGAUGCUACUUGAAGAUGUAUUACCUGUACAAGAGGAUGAUUCUUUGAUAUCUUCGCACCCAAUUAUAGUCACUGUGACAAGUCCUGAUGAAAUAACAUCUGUUUUUGAUGGGAUUUCCUAUAGCAAGGGAGCUUCCAUUCUGAGAAUGCUUGAAGACUGGAUAACACCAGAGAAAUUUCAAAAAGGAUGUCAGAGUUACUUGGAAAAAUACAAAUUUAAGAAUGCCAAAACUUCAGAUUUUUGGGCAGCACUUGAAGAGGCAAGUAAUCUACCAGUGAAAGAAGUAAUGGACACCUGGACCAAUCAGAUGGGUUAUCCUGUACUUAAUGUGGAAGAUAUGAGGAACAUCACACAGAAACGCUUUCUGUUGGACUCGAGAGUUAAUUCUUCUGAGCCACAUUCAAUUUUGGGUUACACAUGGAAUAUUCCAGUUAAAUGGACUGAAGAUAACGAAUCAAGGAUUACAUUCUACAAUAGGUCAGAAACAAGAGGAAUCACUUUGAACUCUCCUAAACCUAGUGAAAACACUUUUCUCAAAAUAAACCCAGACCAUAUUGGGUUUUAUCGUGUAAAUUAUGAAGUAUCAACUUGGGAAUGGAUAGCUACCGAUCUUUCCCUCAACCACAAGUACUUUUCUUCUGCUGAUCGUGCAAGUCUUAUCGAUGACGCUUUUGCCUUGGCAAGAGCUCAACUUCUAAAUUACAAGGAGGCUCUGAACUUGACCAAGUAUCUCAAAAUGGAAGAGGAAUUUUUACCAUGGCAGAGAGUCAUUUCAGCUGUAACCUAUAUUAUUAGCAUGUUUGAAGAUGAUAAAGAGCUAUACCCUAUGAUUGAGAAAUACUUCCGAGAUCAAGUGAAGCCCAUUGCAGAUUCUCUGGGAUGGAACGAUACUGGAGACCACCUCACAAAAUUACUCCGUGCCUCUGUAUUAGGGCUCGCAUGCAAGAUGGGAGACAGCGAUGCCUUGAACAACGCUUCCCAGCUAUUUCAGGCGUGGCUAACUGGGACUGUAAGUCUUCCUGUAAAUCUCAGGCUUCUGGUAUAUCGGUAUGGAAUGCAGAACUCUGGCAAUGAGACUUCAUGGAACUACACUCUUCAGCAAUACCAGAAAACUUCAUUAGCUCAAGAAAAAGAAAAGCUAUUGUACGGAUUAGCAUCAUUGAAGAAUGUUACUAUUUUGUCAAGAUAUUUGGAUUUGCUCAAGGACUCAAAUCUUAUUAAAACUCAGGAUGUGUUUACAGUCAUUCGAUACAUCUCAUAUAAUAGCUAUGGGAAGACUAUGGCCUGGAAUUGGAUACAGCUCAACUGGGAAUAUCUAGUCAACAGAUAUACACUCAAUGACAGAAACCUUGGCCGGAUUGUCACUAUAGCAGAGCCAUUCAACACUGAACUACAACUCUGGCAGAUGGAGAGCUUUUUCAAAAGAUAUCCAGAAGCUGGAGCAGGAGAAAAACCUAGGGAGCAAGUGCUGGAAACAGUGAAAAACAAUAUCGAGUGGCUAAAACAAAACAGAGACACCAUAAGAGACUGGUUUUUUGAUUUGAAUGGUUAAUGUGUUCAAAUUAUCAUAUUUUAAUUUUGUGACUGUAUUGUUUCUCCCGUUAAAUAUUUGGUGGCCUAAUUUACAAGCACUCUGGAGGGAGUCUUAUACAUAGAUACUGCUUUUGCUAAGUACUUUAAAUUGUUCCUCUUUGUUUAUGAAGAUACUAAUAGAGUAGUUAAUGUACUCAGGGAUUUCUUCUAGGUGUACUUCAUAGGAGAUUCUUUACAAACUGAAGAGAAUUUAAGAGCCAUUUUAAUGUCUUUAAAUAUCAUUCUUUGUAUCUUAAAUCUGUGAAAAUAGAACAAUUUGGUCUUAGCUUUACAUUUUUUGUACCAAAGAAAAACCACUUAAUCUUCUCUCUUGAUUGAUUUUUAAAGUUUAAAUACCAGUACGUGAGGGACCAAUAGUAUCAUCUUAAUCUUUAUUAUUCAGAAUUACACAGAUCUAGUAUCAUUGUAUUCACAUAUGUUUUUACUCCUUUAAAUCCUAUCAAAGUAACCUGGGCUUAUAUUUUACUCUAGGAUUGCAUGAGUUAGCCAAAGAAAUGCCUGACUGUUGCCUUUGUUCCCAUAAUAUCAAAAAAGAACUCUCCUCUCCUUUUUAAAAUAAAUCUGAACGAUUACCU